ACAAACCGUUACUUCCGUUGAGACCCUCAUGUGUUUAUAAACUACAGAAAGAAACGUUUAAACCGGAACUCCGUGUGAACGGUGACACCGCGCACGGCCGCACAGCCUGCUGGGUAAUAUGUUAACGACAGAGCUACGUUGAUUGGAGCUCCGCGGCGCGUGGAGCAGAAAGUGAAAUAAAGAGCCCAAAGACCGGAGGUUAGAGAAGAGCCGCGGCGGAGGAGACGCUACGGAAGCUGCUGAAGACAUGUCUGUCUCUCUGUCUGCAGAGAGAGACAGGAUCCAGCGACAGGUGGAGGAGCUGGAGCAGAGUCUUUCUGCAACAAAUGCUGAACUGGAGCUGCUGAGCAGUGAGACAGAUGAUAAAUCAGAUGAUGAUGAUGCCACGGAUGAGGAGGAGGAGAGACAGUCUGCAGCAGGUCUGCUGGCUCAGAGAGAGAAGAUCCAGAAAGAGAUCCAGAACCUGGAGAACGUCCUGGGACCCAUCUAUGUGUCAGAUGACGACAGCAGCAGUGAGGAGAGUGAGCUGGGUCUGUCUCCGUCGGUGGACUCGUGUCUCCAGAUGAAUCUGGUUUAUCAGCAGGUUGUUAAAGAGACUCUGGACCAGCUGGAGACGCUGCUGACUCAGAACCACCAACACCAGAAGGAACUGCUGUCUCAGCUGUCUGGACCAAUGAAAAGUUACUCCAGGGAACAGUCCGCCCCCUCCUCCUGCCAGCAGCCAAUCAGCAUGUUCUUAGGCCGCUUCCUCAAACCGUACUUCAAGGACAAACUGACAGGACUGGGUCCUCCGGCCAAUCAGGAGGCGAAGGAGAAGGCCAGCAGGAUGACCGGCAGUCUGGACGACAGGAAACUGAGAGUAAAACGCUGGGAGAGCUGGCAGAAGACUCUGUUGAUCCACUCAGUAACCAGUGACAGUCUGAGGAAACUCAUCCAACCCAAACUCUCCAAGCUGGACUACCUGAGUCAGAAGCUGUCGUCAGCUGCAGAGACAGACAGGCAGCAGCUCCGAGAGCAGAUAGACAGGCUGGAGAGAGACAUCGACCUGCUCAGAGAGAAGACGGAGGCGGAGCUGAUCGGGGAUCAAUACGAUGCACACGAUUGGCAGAAAAUCGCUAAUGUUGAUUUUGAAGGAACGAGGGAUGCGGAGGACAUCCGGAGGUUCUGGCAGAACUUCCUCCACCCAGCGGUGAAUAAGUCUGGCUGGAGUCAGGAGGAGCUGCAGCAGCUGAAGGAGCUCAGCAGGACACACGCAGAGAGACACUGGGACCACAUCGCUGAGCAGCUGGGGACGGGGAGGACACCCUUCAUGUGUCUGCAGACCUUCCAGCGGUUCGUCUCCGACUCGUUGAAGAGAGGCAGCUGGACUCCGGCUGAAGACGAUAUGCUCAGAGAACUCGUCAAAGAGAUGAGGAUCGGAAACUUCAUCCCCUACACGCAGAUAAGCUACUUCAUGGAGGGUCGGGACCCGUCUCAGCUGAUCUACAGGUGGAACCAGGUUUUGGAUCCGAGCCUUAAGAAAGGAUUCUGGACCAAAGAGGAGGACGAGCUGCUGCUGAAUGCUGUGUCCCGUUACGGAGAGAAGGAUUGGUGGAAGAUCCGGUUCGAGGUUCCUGGACGCACCGACAGCGGCUGCAGAGACAGGUAUUAUGACUGUUUAAAGGCGGGGACAAAGAAAGGACCGUUUGACCAACAGGAGAAAGACCUGCUGAGACAGCUGGUGAAGAAACACGGAGUCGGUCGCUGGGCGAAGAUCGCUGCAGAGAUUCCUGAUCGUUACGACGCUCAGUGUCUGAGAGAGUGGAGGAAACUGAGCAAGCCUCCACCACCUCCACCUGCUCAGAAAGUUAAAAGAGUUCCAAAGAGUCGUGGAGGAAAAAGGAGGAGGAAGGCGGGGCCGGCCAGGAAGAGAAUCCGGAAACGCCUGAUGAAACUGCAGAAGGAGGAGAUGAGCGAGGAGAGCAGCGAGGACGAGGCCAUGGUGAUCGAGUACAUGGACAGUGAUGAAGAGGAGAAGAAGAAAAAGGAGGAGGAAGUGCAGAUCAGAGAGGAGGAGGAGAAGGAGGAAGAGUACAUCUUCCCGCCCAUGGAGGAGUGGAUUCCAGUCGAAGAAGCGCAAAGUAACAGCUCCCUGAGCUUUCGACCGGCAGAGUUACCUUCCUCUGCCGUUGCCGACAAUCCCGUACGUGUGCGCUCGACCAUCGUGGGCCAAUACGGACGCUCAGUAAUCAUCGGGCCGCGUCCCAGACAGCUGCAAUGGGAGGGUCACCACGGCAACAGCACCAUGAUGAUGGUGACGCCGAGCCAGCUCCAAACACACCUGCAACGCCAGGCGAAAAACUCCGGCAGCCAGCACGCCAGCCCCCGAGGGAAGAUCCAGAUCGACAAAAAUAACCCGCUGGGUCGAGUGAUGGACAAAAGGCUGAGCUACAAGCUGCAGGCUGCGGUGACGCCGUGGAUCGGACACCUGCUGAUCCCAGCGGAGGAGAAGAAGAAACGCAAAGUGACGGCGGCCGACGCCCUGAGGGAGCGAAGGGAGAAGCGCGAGCCUCUCUCCACUCCGUUCUUCCUGCUCCUUCUGCAGAGCGAGAACGUGGACGCCUUGGGCUGCAAGGAGAUGAUAGAGCAGCGCAGGAAGAAGGUGGUGACCAUGGGGCCGCGGCCGCGGCCGUCGUUAGCGUCCACUGGCGGGAGGAAGACUGUUGCAGGAAUACUGUAUGAGAGGAAACCCAUGAAGGUGGAGCAGCAGGAGCUGGACCUGCAGCACAAACUGAUCCUGAAUCAGCUGCAGGCGCUGCAGCAGCAGCAACAACAGAGAGCUAAACAGAAACAACUGCUGCUCCAACAGCAUGCACGACAGCAGCAACUCAUGCUGCGACAGCAACACGCGCUCCCCUCUCAGAACCACCCCGGCUUUCUUCUUCAGAUGAAUCCUGGGAUGUCGUUUCGUCAACCUGUCUUCAUUCCUGUCACGCAACCUUGCGCUCCCCCCAUCCAGUUCAUGUCUCCCUCUGCCCUGAACACAGCUGCAUGCAGACCUCCACCUGUGACGGUCGUCACAUCUCCGUAUCCUGCACAUCCUGCGUCUCACCGACUGGGUGUCCCUUCUUCUGUCACUGUGGUCCCAGUGCACCUGAAUGCCACAUCCACUUCCCCUGUCUCUUUCCGCCAACAAGCUGUACCUUUGACUCAAAACCCUGUCUCUGCUUUGGCCCCUUACCUUGCCCAGCAGCACGUUUCUAUUGCUUCUACACUGCCCAGUCAGCACGUUGCUCCCUCCGAAUCCACUGCCUCCGUCACCUGCCCCAGUCCGUCUAGCUCCAUGUCUAGUUCAUCCAAACGGGGGAGGAAAAAGGUGGCAGAGGAUCAAGUGGCUGUUAGCAGCAGUCAGAGUGGGGAGGAUAUGAGCGGGGCAAGCGACGGUGUGGAUGGGGCAAAGGACAGUGCGAUUAAAGAUGGAAGGAGGAUUCGGAAGCCGAGCCAGAAGGCCAAAGCUCUGCAAGAAGCCAUCGUAGCCAGGGCUGAAGCCAACAAGAAAGCUGCUUCAUCUCCGCGAAAGAAAGCUCAGAUCCAGAACACAAACUCUCCUCCGACAGACAUACCUGUUCCCUCCCAAACAGACAUACCUGUUCCCUCCCAAACAGACAUACCUGUUCCCUCCCAAACAGACAUACCUGUUCCCUCCCAAACAGUCCAAACAGUCAUACCUGUUUCUUCAAAAAUAGUCGUCCCUGUUCCUUCAAAAACAGUCAUACCUGUGAACUCGUCCCGGUUGCCCCUGAAUGCCACAGCAGCCUGCUCUGAUAGGAGUGUGUCCUCAACCCAUAACCUCAGUUUAGCACCGCCUGCUUCCUCCACAUUAAGCCUACUUCCUUCUUCCCCUAAAGAUCAUGACUACACCUUUAUUAAUCUAGGCCCUACCCCGAGUCAACGUGGCUCAAAGUCAAUUCAACCGAGCACUGACUCCGGCUCCAGCGAGCCUCUCCAGAGGGUGGAGGAGCAGCCGUGCGUGAUAAGCAGUCAAGAUGACCAAUGUGAGAGUGAGACAGCUGCGGGUGGGAACCAGAAAGGAAAGAGAACCCGGAAACCGACUCAGAGGGUCAAAGAUCUUCAGGAAGCCACUCAGGCGAAGGUUGAAGCCAAGAAGAAGAAAGCUUCUACGCCUCCCCGGGAGAAGCGCCCUCGUAAGUCUCGCGCUAAAAAGAAAGUUAUUGUGAAGAACGAGCCGGUGAUUCAACCCCGCGGCUUCCAUUUACUUCCCAGUCAGUCGAUGUGGGUCAUGACUCCCGGGGGUCUGGUCCAGCUGACAGAAGGCCCUCAGCCAGGCCUGCAGCUGGCGUUGCUACCAAACGCUCGCCUCCAAGCUCCACACGGGAAUAGUUUGAAUCAUCCGGUCACGCCCGCUCUGCAAUUCACUGCCGGCAGCCCGCAAUUUACCACACCCCAACCCACCACUGCUGUAUCUGUCCCCGUAAACCACCCCUUUAUGAAUCAGCCACACCUUCUUCCUGCCCGGCCCACCUCUGCCUUCAGGCCCCACCCCCCAGCCUUCAUCCUGCAACCGGUCUCAAACCCCCGUCUCCCCCCGCCUCCCCCUAAACUCUUCCUGCCAUAUAAAGGCACAGUGACAGCGGACCCGACAGCGCCCCCUCCCCUCAGGCGGGAGGCACUGAAGUUCGACCCCUCCCUGAUGUUCCUUGAGCCCCAGGACGCGGUGCAGGAUUGGCUGAGCGGUCAGGGGGGCGUGGUGGUACCUGGAUUGAGCGUGGCUCUUCCCUACCUGCCGCCCUUCGUCAGCAGUCUGAGCACGCUCAGUGCGCUGCUUCGGGCCAAGAAGUCUCUGACCAAAUCAUUCCUGAAGCUGCUGAGUCAGCGCUCCCAACCUCGACGCCCAAACAGACCUGGCAGCUGCACCGAGAGGACAUCCAAUCCGUCUCCAGACCUGCCGGACUCCACCUCUGACCUCCAACCAGCCGGGGACACUCCAGCGGCGUCCGUUAGCUCCGCCCCCCCGCAGGAGGGCGAGGAGGCAGUGGCGUCCGUUAGCUCCGCCCCCCCGCAGGAGGACGUGGAGGCAGCGGAGAUCGUGGCGGUGGCGCGGCGGCUGGUCGCCGAGCGGUUCUCCAGUAACCCCGCCUACCAGCUGCUGAAGGCCCGCUUCCUGUCCUGCUUCACUGUCCCCGCCCUCCUGGCCGCCGUGCAGCCAAUCGGAGAGAAGACAGCAGGCAAGGAGGAGGAAGAGGAGGACGAGGUGGACGUGAAGACGCUCAAAGAGAGAGGAAGGCGGAGGAGAGCAGAGAGAUCUUUGCUGCUGUGUGACGGGUCGGGAGCUUCAGCCAAUCACUUCUCAGGAAUCAACAACAGCACGCCGGACCAGACGGUCUCUGUCCAAUGAGAGCUCAGAUCUCACCUCGUUAAACAUGUUGGAAGAGUUCAAACAACAGACAGUUGGUCUGAAAGAAAUGUUUUCAGUUCUGUUCUGGUCACAGAUCUCAAAUCUGAGAGUAAGGCUGCAUCUCCACUGCUACUUUCCCCCUCUCAUUCCCCCUGCUCUGGCGUUUCCCCCUCUCAUUCCCCUGCUCUGGUGUUCCCCCUCUCAUUCCCCCUGCUCUGGCGUU